CCAUGGCGCCUCACUUUCCCCUUGCCGGUGCAGGAGCAUCUUCUUUCCUGGCGGCUGCAGCCGGGCCCCAGCAGGGCUGCAGCAACAUCAUCAUUGGUUCCUGCACAUCAUUUCUUCCAGCCUUACAUCAACAUUGAAACCUUGACAGCCCCUGCAUCUGUUUGUGAGCACGUCAGCCUAGCAUUAGCGAGCGGCCAUGCCACCAGCUGAUUGCCUCUUGGCUCAAACAACUUCCAAUCAAAUAAGAUUAUGCUUUGGAGUUAUUGACAGACUACCGCGAUCAAAUCAGGCAUGCUCAAAUGUCUGUUGCACACUUAGGAGGCCUCUGAAGUUGGUUGGUAGUUGCAAGCUUCGCUCUGGUGCAUUUGACCUGCAUAAAACGGGCCAACUUCGGUUGCACAGCAGGACGUUUGGACAAAAGCAGCAGGUGAAGGGGACAAGGAGCAUUGUGGGACAGAAAAGUAACAUGGGAGCCUCAGAGGCUGCGGAGACGGAUCGCAACAUGGCCAUCGGGGCUGGGGUGACGCCCCUCUUCCCUGGGUUCAACGACCUAUACUACAGUGACACCGCGACAUGCGAGUCGAGGUUUCGGAAUGGAUACUUCGACGAGUCGGACAAAGACCCGUUGGCGUUUAUGACGCUGCGAAACCAGGUUCAGUUGAGCACGUAUGGGAACAGCAUUGGGAAGAACAUGAAGGAUCUGUAUCGGUUUGUCAGCGACCACUUGAGAGGCGCCAUUGGCAGUGUCCACUUGCUGCCGAUCUACCCCUCCUCUGGGGAUGGCGGUUUUGCACCGAUAGCUUAUACGAGCGUCGACCCGGAGAUGGGCUCAUGGGAUGACGUCAAAACGAUUUCGGACCGCUACGAUCUGUGCGUGGAAUUCAUGGUCAACCACAUAUCGCCGGAAUCGGACCAGUUUAAGGACUUUAUCCAGAAAGGGGAUGACUCGGAGUUUGCGGAGAUGUUCAUUGACUGGGACAAGUUCUGGCCCGAAGGACGUCCGACCAAGGAGGACCUAGCGCGAAUCCGGACGCGCAAGGGAGAGGCGCCCGUCUUGGAGGUAGAGAUGGCGGACGGGAGCAAGCGGCGGGUCUGGUGCACCUUUGGCCCGCAGCAGAUAGACAUCAACCCAAUGACUCCCGCGGGUUGGAAGUUCGUGCACACGUCCAUCUGCAGCCUUUACAACAAGGGGGCACGUGUCAUCCGCCUGGACGCCUUUGGGUACUUCACCAAAAAGCUGGGAACGCGCUGCUUCUUCGAGGAGCCGGAGAGCUGGGAGCUGUUGGAGAACAUCGAGAAGCUUGUAGAGGAACGGGGCAUCAGAUUGCUUUGCGAGGUGCACGAGGAGUACGAGACGAACCUGAAGAUCGCGGAGCGCGGCUACUGGGUGUACGACUUCGCUCUCCCGCUCCUAGUUCUCCACGCCUUCCACUUCCGGACUGCCGAAAAUCUGAGACAUUGGCUCCACAUCUGCCCGCGGCGGCAGAUCACCGUUUUGGAUACGCACGACGGGAUGGGGAUUGAUGACAUUUCGGGACUGGCUACGGUGUGCGAUACGGAGGAAUUGAAAAAGAUUGCGUCCGAGGCGCAGUCCAAAAACCUUGCGUCUAUCACGCCGAAGUUCCUGUACGACCCGGAAAAGUCGGUCUACGUGUCCAACCCGCACCAAAUCAACUGUACAUACUACUCCGCGUGCGAGCAAGAGGACCAUCUAUACCUUUUGGCGCGCGCCAUACAAUUCUUUUGCCCGGGGAUCCCGCUAGUGUACUACGUCGGGAUGCUGGCCGGCAGUAACGACCUGUGCCUGGCGAAGAGAACCGGCAGCGGACGGGAGAUAAACCGGCACCGGUACUCGUACGAGCAGGCGGUCGAAGAAGUGCAAAGACCGGUCGUGCAGACUCUGCUAGAAAUGUGCCGGUUCCGGAAUCAGCACCCCGCGUUUCGCGGGCGGAUGCACGUGGAAGAUGACGUGCCGGGCCACGUGCUGGUGGUGACGUGGCAGAACGGGGAGGCGCGCGCGACGCUGACCGUCGAUUUCCAGACCAAGGCGUACAACAUAGCGCAUACUGGGCACGAUCAUAAGGAGGGGGACGAGUUGCGGGUUGUGCGGUUUGAGAGGGGUGGGGAGGGGUCUCACGAGGACAGCAUUCUGGGUUUGGAUACGACCGUGCGAAUGGCGCCAGAGCGGGGGGAGAUGGUUGUCUCGGCCUGAAGGAAGCAUAAAGUAUUGCAGGCGCGCGCCGCAACCGUCAGGUCGAUUGGCCUUAUUGUAUUUAUCUAUUCUCGAAUCGCAAGUAUUGAAUACUUUCAGUUAAAGCAGAGGAAGCAUGAGUUGGGCAGUUGUGCCUGUGUAUGAACAGUUGGUGGUCGAUAAAAGCUAACGGCGCUUCUGCGAAUUCUUGGUCAAAAAGGAGAGUAUAAAGCAUGCAGAUUUGGACAGCGUGAACGAUUCAUCAAUGUAUUAUCAAUUGACGUACAUUGUUCCUUAGCCGGUUGUAACACACACCAUCGACAAUUGAUCCUAAGUAGCAUGAAGCUGGGAAUGAGUUCAUCGACGAGAAUAUUGGGACGCUAAUUGAAUUGUAUAAGGGCAUAAACAUCACCUCUAGACUUCUCUUUUCCUGCGGCCAUGUGAAAACAGAAAUUUUCACGUCUGCCGUACGACUUCAG